AGGUAUUUUAAAAAAAAUCAGAUAAGGGGUGACUGAAAAUUACUACCAAUAUCCACCCCAAAAACUUGAGAGUAGUCCCCCCAUUUUUUGAGUAGUGCCCAAAAAGUCGUCCAUUUAAAAACCCAAUCAUCUGUUGGAUCGGAUGCGGACUGCAGUCAACAUCGAGUUCAAGCCCAAUAGAUACAUCAGGUUUUCUUGCUUAUUUAGGUCUGUACUCUCUAGUCCCUCCGACUCCAACUGUAACUCCUCCUAACUUUAAUUUUCUUGUUUUCUCCUUCAAACUCUGUUCUCUGUGUAAAUCCUAUGAGCUCUCUUCAUCAUCGUCAUUCCUGCAUUCUUCUUCUUUUCUCUAUUAUCACCUAAAGAAGAUCCUUCCCAACUCCUUGAUCAGCUUAUCUCUUUCUCUAUUAUGUAUAUCUAAUAUCAUCAAUGGCGAAUGCAUCUGGUUUGAUUUCUCCUUCAACUUUCACUGUCAAGCAAAUCAAUAAUCACCUGACUCCUCCUCCUUCAACCUUUUUUCAAUCUGGGUUUUACUUAUUUAACAGAAUUUCUGUAAAGGGACUACCUCUUCGCUGUUGCAGCUCUAUUCAUGGUGGUGGUGGUGCACAUAAACAUGCCCCUUCACAAUCUCCAAUACCAAAAUGGGUUACUCAAGGUUGCAAGCUGGUUGGAUGCGGCUCCGCUGUACCAAGUCUAAGUAUAUCAAAUGAUGACCUAUCAAGCAUAGUUGAAACUUCUGAUAAAUGGAUAUAUGAACGCACUGGAAUUCAUAACCGGCGAGUUCUUUCAGGGAAAGAUAGUUUGACCGGAUUGUCAGAAAUGGCAGCAAGGAGAGCUCUAGAGAUGGCUCAAGUUGAACCUGAUGAUGUGGACCUUAUCCUGAUGUGCACAUCUACUCCAGAGGAUCUUUUUGGUAGUGCCCCUCAGAUCCAAAGAGCGUUAGGAUGCAAAAAUCGUCCAUUGUCUUAUGACAUUACAGCUGCAUGUAGUGGGUUUGUUCUUGGAUUACUGUCGGCUGCUUGUCAUAUUAGAGGAGGUGGAUUCAAGAAUGUUCUUGUAAUUGGUGCUGAUUCUCUUUCUCGGUAUGUUGAUUGGACGGAUAGAAAAACCUGUAUCAUCUUCGGGGAUGCUGCUGGUGCUGUUGUAGUACAGGCUUGUGAUGGUAAUGGGGAUGGUCUGUUUGGUUUCGAUUUUCACAGCGAUGGGGAAGGGCAAAAGCACCUAAAUGCAACAAUGAGAGAAGACAAUGACCAAGAGGAUGUGCUAGGCACCAAUGGUUCCGCGGCAGAUUUCCCUCCCAAACGAUCUUCUUAUUCGUGCAUCCAAAUGAACGGCCAAGAGGUCUUCCGCUUCGCCGUAAAGUGUGUGCCACAAUCAAUUGAAUCCGCCCUGGGAAAAGCCGGUAUGACAAGUUCUGAUGUCGACUGGCUGCUUCUUCACCAGGCAAACCAAAGGAUAAUCGAUAAAGUUUCAGAAAAAUUGCAGAUCCCAUCAGAACGAGUAAUUUCAAAUUUGGCGAAUUAUGGUAAUACAAGUGCUGCAUCUAUUCCCUUGGCGUUGGAUGAAGCCGUCCGGAGUGGGAAGGUCCAACCUGGACAUACAAUCGCGGCCUCCGGCUUUGGAGCUGGCCUAACGUGGGGUUCAACAAUUAUGAGAUGGGGGUGAAAGAAUGAUAUGGGAACAAAGGAUAAAGCCAUAAGAUGAUUGAACAUCCCAUACCGUCAGAGACUCAGAGCUCCCCUUCAGAUACAUACAAGGAUUCAACAGGUUGUGCAUGAGAUAAUUAUUGUAUGCCAAUUUCCUUUACCUUUUGCCGUUAAGGAUUUUGUAGAAGCUUCUUACACUCUGCAGUCAAAUAAUCUAUUCAUUUGUUUCGCCUUCAAUAAAGGAACUCUAUUUGUACA